UGCACAGUUAUUACCCUUCGUGUAAUUACACCAUUUACACAUGACGUCAUUAGUUAAACUCCGUUUGCAAAGUUACUUCCCUUUUAUUUAUGUACACCGUUUGUAUACACACAUUUUGAAAUAUGGCUAAAGCCCAUAAAUUAAAGGAGUUGGAAUCAUACCUGGAUGAUGUUGAUGUGUUUGAGAAUCCAAAGAUAAAACUGGAACAGUAUCCUACAACUCCACAUAUUGCAGCUUGUAUGCUUCACACAAUACAUACCCGCUAUGAUGAUGUAGCUGAUAAACAUGUUUUAGACCUUGGCUGUGGCUGUGGUGUUUUAAGUAUAGGGGCUGUGAUGCUGGGAGCCAAAAAAGUAACAGCAUUAGAUAUAGAUGAAGAUGCUUUGGCUAUAUGUAAACAGAAUAUAGAGGAGUUUGAAAUGGAGAAUAUUGAAGUUGAGCAACAUGAUGUAACAGCCCUGGAGUCAGAGGUCAUGGAAAGGUUAAAGGGCAAUGUUGACACUGUGAUAAUGAAUCCUCCAUUUGGAACAAAACAUAAUGCUGGUAUUGAUAUGGUGUUUCUGAAGACAGCACUGGAUCUGGCAUCAACAGCUGUAUAUUCCCUACAUAAAACAUCAACAAGGGAGCACAUCCAGAAGAAGGCAUCAGAUUGGAAUGUGGAUUUGGAAAUCAUUGCUGAACUUAAAUUUAACAUUGAAAACACCUACAAAUGUCACAAGAAAAAAUCUGUGGAUAUAGAAGUGGACUUUUUACGAAUGUCUCACAAAAAAUUAAAGUGAAAAUAAAUUUUAUAGAAUAAAGAAUAAAGGUGUUUUGAUUUAUGCUUGGACUAGAAGCUAAUUUCUUUUUUGAAUUGAUCUGAAAAUGAAAAAAAAAUAUAUAAAUUAAUAAAUUUAUAAGAUUUGGGCAAAUUGCCUAAAAUGACUAGCUGAUACUUACAUAAUACUUACACAGCUAAACUUAUAUACAUGUAGUUAACUAAGCUCGUUUUGAAUUUGGACCUCUUCAUUGUAAUUAAUAAGGGGUUUAGAAAAUCCAAGUUUAAAAAGCUGCAAAUAUGUAGCCAAUAAUAUGGUUUGGGCAGACUGUAGAUAUGAAGGCUAGUCUGAUUAUAUGUUAUCGGCAAAGAAUAGGGAAUAUGUCUGUAGCAUUUAGAAAUGUCGCCAAAAUAUCAAUAAUUUAAGAUAUUUAGUACAAGUACAUGGUGAAAUACUAAUUGGGUGAACAAUAUUGAUUUGUGUUGUAUUUUUUUCAAAAUAUCAGUUGUUCUUUUGCUGCUUGGUUUUAUUUUUCACUUAAAACUUGAAUGAUAAAGCAAUGUGCCCUAAACUUAUGUAUAGCUUGUGAUGGUGAUAAUCGUAGGUCUAUGCUUGCAGUAUGAAGGUAAACUAAUUAUAAUGCAGUCUAAAUGGAAUCUACACUGCUGACUGCUUUUAUUCUUUCAUGUGAGAAAGCAAGGUUAUGGAACAUUGGUGAUUCAACAUCGGUGCUUGUUUGUGCCUGAAAUUAUGCCAAGUAAGGGCAUCCUAGGUUUUUCUCCACCAGUAAAGCUGGAAAGUUGUCAUAUGAUCAUUACAGGGUGGAUGACUUAAACCCCAAAAACAAACACUUGAAAGUUUAAAAUUGAAAAGAUAAUUUAAUUACAAAUUAUCUAUUAGCUCACUCAUUAUCCAUCAACAAGGACCAGACUGAAAACUGUUAAGCCCUGUCAGUUAUAGAGCAGGCAACAGAGUCUGUUUUGGAUUUUUUUAAGUUUCUGAAAAGUGCUUCUUUUUAUGAUAGCAUGAUGUCCAUUGGUAUCCAAAUUUCUUCAAACAUAAUAUGUGUAUCUUCCAAGUUAUCAGAAUAUAUCCAAGAAUCUAACACAGUUAUUAAAUCUACAUCAUUUAUAUGUUAUUUUCUUCUCACAUAAAGUUUGUCCACUU